ACCAAACCUACGCCCUCCAUACUGCUCACCGCCUUCUCGUCCAAAAGAGCAUGGAGCGGACCUUGUCUGCUCCUCUUCGUCGAGUCAGCGAGACACUGCACACUACUUUCCAUCCUUCCUCAAGACUCGCAGAGGUCUCGAGCAGCAGUGGCAGCGGCAGCGGGAGUAGCGGCAGCACAGAACGCUCUCAUAGCGGAAGCAGAAGCCCCCGAGCUUCUCCCGAUGCUUCUCAUCCGUCAGACACAAGGCUACGAAGAUCUCCAGCUUCGCACGAACCAGAGCAAGUAGAUGAGUCUCUGAAUAAAGGAGGGGCAGAGGACGAGGAGAUGUCUGGUCCUGCGGGAUCUACCCAGGGCGCUCUGCAGCGGUCUGCGCUCAUGGCAGAGACGGGCUCAUCGGAAGGCCGGCCGUGGGCAGGGAAUGAAGCCUUGCUAGAUGCAACGGCGGCAGUGAAGAAGCGACCAAGACUGGACGAGGCAGCAAUGCAAGCAGAGGAUGCCCGCCUGAGCACACUCAGGGCAGAGGCGGAGAGUGAUCUUGACUCGCCCAGUACGAGCCGACAGACUAGUCCUUCUGCCCACUCCUCCACCACGGCAGCUGAACAAGGAUAUGGCGGGGCCAAACGGAGGGCAGGAGAUGAUAGACAGACCCUUCCCAGAAAUAUAGAUCGAGUCUACUUUGGAGACUACGACAUCAAGACGUGGUAUCACAGCCCAUACCCUCUGGAAGAUGAUCACGGCAGCUCCUCUCUCUCCACAACAGUCACGAACGGCAAUGCUCGGGCGUCUUCGUCUUCGUCUUACAAGCAUCGCGGCCGUCAGAAUGGCACUGCGUCCAAGUCAGCCGCAUCGCCUGCUAUCGGUCCGCUCGAGACCGGCUCUCAUCUGACUCCCCCUCCGUCGGAAGGAGCCCAGCAGAAGCCCAAAUUUCCGGCAUUAUGGAUCUGCGAAGGUUGCCUCAAGUACAUGCGUACCUAUGCCGGCUGGUAUGCACACAAGAAGGACUGUCAGCACACCCAUCCCCCGGGGCGGAAAGUCUAUCAGAGAGGGUCUCAUACCAUCUGGGAGGUGGACGGGGCGAAGGAGAAGCUCUACGCCCAGAAUCUGAGCCUCUUUGGGAAGCUCUUCAUUGAUCACAAGACGAUCUACUUUGACGUCGAGCCGUUCCUCUUCUACGUUGUCACGGAUAGCACAGCUAACUUCGACUACGUCUUGGGCUUCUUUUCCAAGGAGAAACUGAGCUAUGAUGAGUACAACCUCGCUUGCAUUAUCACCUUUCCGCCCUUCCAGAAGAAGGGCUUUGGGACCCUGAUGAUCGAGCUGAGCUAUUAUCUCUCUGCCAAGGCGGCCAUCGUGGGUACUCCGGAACGGCCUCUGUCCGAGCUAGGCUUCAAGGGCUACGUCUCCUUCUGGUCCGCCGUAGUGCUACGAGCCCUGGCUCUGGCCUUCAACGAGGAGGAUGGGUCGGUGAAUAGUAAGCUCCUUGCCAAUGCCGCCGCCUCGCCAACCAAAGCAGCAGCAGCGGCCUCCUCCCCUUCAGCAAACCUGAGUCCGAUGGUAUCCAAGGCGCAGCAGCGGGCCGUGGUCCACGUCCGAUCCAUUCUACUUGGUCUGUCAGACGGACCACGACCCGACCUGAUAGGGACAGACCUCCUCAAUGCCAAGGACAGCGACCUGACCGAGGAAGAGAGGGUGGAGCUCAAGAAGGCGAAGAGAGCCAAUCUCGGCUUCGGAAAAGACCUCCCGCCCGCGUUGGCUAGCAAGUUCCUUGCUGCAUUUGGCAGCCCACCCAAAAGAGGGGCAGCGGCACGGGGAGUCGAUGGGCAGGGCGAGGGCGAAAACGAGGCAGGAGAAGGUGAAGCAAACAAGGAGCAAAGCAAGGAAGGUCUCCCUGCUCCGCCGCCUCUGCGGACUGGUCCGGACCGCCGUGCCCGCCACUCUACGCCUUCACUUGCAAAGACUGCCAACGUUGCGGACGCCCCUCCUCACCCGGCUCUUCAACUCGACAAGCCUUCCAGCUCGCCGUUUGCUCUCUGCACGACGCUGGAACGGAUUGCCCAGGCGACCAAUCUGAGGGUUGAGGACACGGCAUUUGCACUGUCUGAGUUGGGCCUGCUGAAGAUGAGGUUGGCAAAAGUGCCCAAAGGAGUGUAUGAGGGUGGCGAUGAGAAACCCGAGGGAGCAGAAGUUGCAGAAGGCAGCUCGACUAUGAAUGCAGGCGUGGGAGGAGAAGCAGCAGGUGCGAGCUCAACUGCUAGCACGUCAACAGGGCCGGGUCCAGUCAUCCUCAUCACUCAGGAAGCAGUCAAGGAGGCAGUCCUGCGGCGGAAGAUCAAGAGACCUGUGCUGGACACCUCGUACGUCUUUGUCUAGUCUAAUGUCGAUGCGUACUCCACUUGCAGCCCCUUCUACCGUUCUUCCGCAGAAGACUCGGCAAUCUAAAUCCCGGUCAGGCACAGGGCACUUUUGUUGUGACGGUUGCGGACAAGGGGUAGAACAAGGGCGAAGUAGGAAGGGAAAAGUUGGAAACAGGGACAGGAGGAUUCAUGUCACAUAUCUACACCCACACAUGUCAUUGUUGUCAGCUUCCUACAAGAUAUCACAGCUCACGCAGGAUCUCCUAGAACACUCUGAUAUGCCUCCCAAAACGAUGAGGACCA